AUAUAAAUCUAAUCGGCAAAUAUGCUCAACGCCCUCAGAUCAGCUACCAAAGCACAACCACUUGCUGUCUUCUCAAAUCCUUCGCAUUACAUUAAUAUUUGUUCAAAGUCUUCUCAGAUCAGAUUCCGGACUCUAUUGACAGAAGCCGGGAAACAGGACGAAAUCAAAAUGGACGAGACCAAGAAACCUGGAACUGAGACCAAACCUAAGGACACAAUGUCCAGCUUUGGAGAAGGAUACGCAACGAGGUCAGACGAAGAAGGUUUUGGAGGGAUAUAUGGAGGAAACCAAGAUGUUGAGGAAAAGAUCGUCCAUGGAAAUGCUCCUGAGUAUGAUACAAAACAAGGGAGUGAAGUGAAGGAGAAGGAGAAGGCACGUAACCAGCCUCAAGCAUCUUGAACUAAAUUAGAAAAGGAACUUGACUUGAUCAGUCUUUGACAAAGCAACCUUUUCCCUUUUUAAUUUGUUUUUUUCCCUUCCUAAGCUUUAGAGUGUAAUUACGUUCCUGUUUUUGUUGGGAUCGUGCUAUACCCAACUCAUGGAAUAAAACUUUCAUGGUUUCCGUAUUUUGAUCCUGAA